CUCCUUUGGCUUUGCUGUUCUGCAGUGCUCCCUGUCAGGCUUGGCCAGGAACCAUGAGGCUCUGGGUCUGCAUUGCGUUGCUCUCCGUUGUUCUGUGUGUGAGUGCUGACAGACCAAGGAUAUUCGGAAAAAUAGCCGAAGCUGGAAAAUUUGUCUGGGAUGCAGCAGGAGGGGCACGGGAUAUGUUCAGAGCAUACACGGACAUGCGUGAGGCGAAUUACAAAGGUGCUGACAAGUAUUUCCAUGCCCGUGGGAAUUAUGAUGCUGCCCGGAGAGGACCUGGUGGUGCUUGGGCAGCGAAAGUGAUCAGCGACGCCCGGGAGGGCUGGCAGAGCCGUGUGAGCGGCAGAGGCGCCGAGGACACCCGGCUGGACCAGGAGGCGAACGAGUGGGGCCGGAGGGGCAGGGACCCGAACCACUACCGGCCCAAGGGGCUGCCCGGGCGGUACUAGCGCUGUACUCCGCUCCUGCCACACCUCGCUUUGUAAAGCACAAUAAAAGAAUCCUCCUGAGAA